AUGGAACCGAGACGACAGUCGACCCGGCAGAAGCGACCCGCGUCCGCCCAAGUGCCUGCACAAGAGCCGCCAGCGCCCAAGAAGACCAAGGUGGCGCGCACCAAGGUCGCUCCUGUGGUCCCCACGAAGGCCAAGGUGACGAGCGGCAGAGCCGUUCUUGUGGUGCUGCCCGGAGCCUCGGGCACGUUCAGCAAGGCCAUGCACGACCUCGUGCUCUCGCAGCUAAGCGACGUCGUUGUGCACAACGCGAUGGACGAGCGUUUGCGCUGGAGUACUCGAAAGGCAGCUGCGCCAGCCAACUUUGAGCUCGUUCGUAGCUGCUGCCCCUCCGCCGCAGACCUCGCGACGUACGGCGCCAGCAAGUUCUACGUGUUUGCCCAUAGCUUUGGCAACCGCGUGCUCUGCGAAAUGCUUGGCGCUAACGCGUUACCAGAUGUUCACGGUGUCAUUCUCUCGGGCUUUCCGCUCUACGGUCCCAAGAACAACGGGAAGUAG